GCUAGCGAGACGUCAUGUACCACAUUGUGGACAGUUCCACUCUGGUAGAUAAUCGCCGUAUUUUAUCUGGUCUGAAUUACAUAUAGGAAAGUGUAGCAGUUACUUCACCCACUGGCCUCUGCAGAAUGGUCAACAAGUUGUAAAUUAAGGAUUUCAAGAAAUAAACUCUAGCGGAUUUCCUUUACAUCACUCAAACAGGUGGCACUUAUAGUCAUGGUCAAAUGAUUUCUGCUGUAUCUUCCUUUAUCUCUUCGUUUCACUGGUCUCGUUAAUGUUUUAUAUGCGUUCGCGCUGUUAAGUGCCGAUGCUCUUUCAACACUGAGUUGACAGUAAAAGCGACGAGUUUUCUCGCUUGAGUUUCAGUGCAAAUCAUUCCGAAGUUACAUACCUACAAUAGGCGGUAAGCCGCACAGCUUUUAGGAGCAAUGUGAAAAAGUCGAACCUGAUCUAUUGAAUUAAAUUUAAUGACGGAAAUUCAAGCAGUGUAAGAGGAAAAAGUGUGUCCACACGCGUGGUAGUCUACUGACUUGGGCGUUUUAUGAAUUCUUCCUUCGGCGCCGACCACUGUCUGUUUGUGGAUAUAGCGGGCUUCCAUCCGUAGUGACCGCAUCUUGUUAUCUUGAUUUUAGCAUAUCGCAUCAGAGCACUUUGUUCUCUCAGCAAUUAUCAUUAUCACUCUAUAUGUUAGGGAAAGGUGAGAAACACCUCAUCCUCUGCCGCAGUGUGGGCAUGAAGCUAAACACUCACUUCAGUGAGUCAAGAAAAUGGCACAACCACUUGUGGUUAAAGUCACAUGUCAUUUUUUAACCAAAAGCACAACUGUCGUUUGUAGCAAGACAAACGUGGCUAUUUACGCGUUCUUCCACUUAAAUAAUGACGGUCCGAAACAAAUACUGUUUGUUUCACAUGCGCAUGACCUUUGCUGAUUUCCUUUCACGAUUUUCCCUUCAGACAUGCUUCAUUUCCUGUCUCUCAAGUGCAGCGGUGCGUCUGGAGCUGGCCUCCGAAAUCGACCGUAUUCGCCGUGCUCCUAGUUCGUCCUAUCUAGUCCCGACAAGUGAGGAGUACUCACUUCGACCCCUGUUGUACCAAUCGCAACAUUACGCACAUCGUUCACCAAUUGAUGGUCAUCUCAACGCAUUCGCCUACACGAACACUGUUGGGUCUAGCCUCACCGGCCAGGUGCAUCCGCAAUUGAUCACCCCAUUGAGCGCUGGUAUAGUCACUCCACCUGGUCUCACGCCGCAUCAGCCGCAUUACACGAUGCAACGCUAAGCUCCUAACUCGACAUCCAACCUGUUCAAUAUUCCGACGCUAAACGUAUGCACACUCCCUUCCCCCAUUUCUCCAUCUGCUUUUGUGUUUGUUUUUUACACAUUGUUUAAUUGCACACCAGCAUGCUGAUGUACAUCUGUCUUCCGCCAACGAAAGUGACGAUCUCAACUUCUCACUAGGUACCUUCCUGGCGACUGUUUUUGUAUAUCUGUGCCCCUUUUUGUUCUUAUUUUCCCUGAUAUACUUUACAGACUUUUUAUUGUAUCUUUCAUUCAUAGUGUCGAUAAAGAUUCCUUCGCAAUUUUCACAGUACGUUCUGCAGGUUCCUGUCAUCAGUUGUUGUCUUCUUGCUCCACUGAAUAACUAGGCUGCACAGGGCCUCCGACGGUUGCUCAGCACAUUUAGUAUUUCAGAUUGGUUUUGUCUGCAUCGUGUACUUUGAAAACACAAACCUGUUGUUCGCGUUCUGUGCCUUAUUUGCCACCACCUUUGUCGGCUAUGCGCCCUUGAUCGGGAGUCGCAGUCGUUCAUUUUUCCAUUUGAGAAAUCUAUGUGCCAUCUCUGUGUUUCAUAGUUCUCAUCUCCCCACAACCCUGGCAUUGUAUCGUGAUUCACACUUAACCAAUAACUCCCUCAAACUACCUCUCAAGUCGAAAUGAGGUUCCGUUUUUUCAUUGUACACUAGUGGUCCAUACACCACAUUUCGGUGGACCCUGUUAACUCGAUUGGCGUCAUAAUAUGUAUGAUUCGUGGUAGUAAGAGAUACUCAUUAAA